GCCACAACCAACCACAUCAUCCACACUCCACAUCAUCAACUUCAUCACUUCAUCCAUCAACAAUGGCCCGCACCAAGCAAACUGCCCGCAAGUCCACUGGUGGCAAGGCUCCUCGUAAACAGCUCGCCUCCAAGGCAGCCCGCAAGUCUGCCCCAUCUACUGGUGGUGUCAAGAAGCCCCACAGGUAUAAACCUGGUACUGUCGCUCUGCGUGAGAUCCGUCGCUACCAGAAGUCGACCGAGCUCUUGAUCCGCAAACUGCCCUUCCAACGUCUCGUCCGUGAGAUCGCCCAGGACUUCAAGUCGGACUUGCGCUUCCAGUCUUCUGCCAUCGGCGCUCUCCAGGAGUCUGUUGAGGCCUACCUCGUCUCCCUCUUUGAGGACACCAACCUUUGCGCCAUUCACGCUAAGCGUGUCACUAUCCAAUCCAAGGACAUCCAACUUGCUCGUCGCCUCCGCGGUGAGCGUGGUUAAGUACCUCGCCUCUUUCUCUCACUGGCAUGAGCAUCGACAAGUCCCCCAUGUGCAGUGCGAUUCGUACAUGAUGGGUUGGGUCUCCAUUGGCGUUUGGGUUCUAUUUCAAUAAGGAUCACGGUUAUUUGGGUUUUAUGGUGCACCGGGAGUGGUGCAGUGCGAUGUAUAUCCCAUAAUCAGUGACAGUCACUGACCAUGAAUUGACGAAAGUCGAUCUACUUC